AUGCUUUCAGCCAAGAAGAUAGCACGGGAAGCUGUAAAGUUGCCUGCAUAUGUCAGACUUGCUUACAAGAAACUUCAUGACCAGAAGAAAAAUUAUUAUGCUCUCUUCCAAAGAACUGAAAAGUCUCCAGAUGGCUGGGAUCUUUCUAGGAAGAAUCUGUACUACAUUUCAAAAGGAAAAAAGACUUGGUACGACGCUGAGAACUUCUGUGUCUCCAGAGAUACCCAUCUGGCCUCCAUCCUAAGUGAUGAAGAGCAGAAUUACCUCACCACUCAGCUCAGUGAGCCUGCCUGGAUUGGCCUUUCAGCCGCAAAUGAGGAAGUCAAUUGGGAAUGGUCAGAUGGAUCCAGAGUAAUAACAGAGUAUUGGUCACUUGGCCAUUCCAGACAACCAAAAGCUUCCAGAGAAGGGGACCAUGACUGCACUUUCAUAAACCCUUCAACUAACUGGCACAACUGGAACCAUGCAAACUGUCAUGAACUGAGAAACUGGGUUUGUAAGGAAA